UUAAAAUUCGCGCUAUAAAUGAAUCGCAUCUGUCAAAUGUCAGCUGUCAGUUGAGACUGUCAUUAUCUAUAACUAUCAAUGGGGCUAUAAUAAAAGAAUGAUUUUGAAACUUAUUAAAAUAUAAUAUUAAUAAUGGAAGUCAACUCCUGUAACAAUUCGGAUGGAAACACUAUAAAUCAAGAUGAAUUGAUACUACAACAGCAACGUCAAAUUGAAAAAGAGAUAUCAGAGUCGAUUGCCUUAGUAGGCGAGUUGGAACCUAUUACAUCACUACAAAAUGAGUACACUUCUGAUGAAGUAUACUGCUUAAAAAUUAAAGACUUAUCUGCAAAGUAUAAAUCCGUUCGAAGAACAAGGCCUGAUGGAAAUUGCUUUUUUCGUGCAUUUUCUUAUGCUUAUCUAGAAAGACUGAUUACUGAUAAAGAAAAAUUUGCAAACUUUGUUGUUUUAGCUAAACAGUCCAAAGAAAAGCUAGUAGAACUUGGUUUCCCACAAUUCACAUUAGAGGACUUUCAUGAUACCUUUAUGGAGGUACUUAGAAAACUUCAAACUGAAGAAAUAUCAGAAUCACAUUCAGAAUUGCAUAAGCUGUUCAAUGAACAAGGUUACUCAGAUUAUGUGGUAGUUUACCUAAGACUCUUAACAUCCGGACAGUUACAAGAAGGAGCUGAGUUCUACCAGAACUUUAUUGAUGGGGAUCGAACAAUUGCAGAAUUCUGUCAUCAAGAAGUUGAGCCUAUGUACAAAGAAUCUGACCAUAUCCACAUUAUAGCAAUUUGUACAGCACUGAAAAGUGGAGUGCGAGUUGAAUAUAUGGAUCGUGGUGAUGGGGGCCAAGUUAUAGCUCACGACUUUCCUGAUGGCAUCAAACCAUCUGUCCAUCUUUUGUAUAGACCUGGGCAUUAUGAUAUAUUGUACCCAAUAUAAACUAUCCAAUACUUAGAUAA